CCCACCGCAGACUUCCUCCUUCACUUGGUUGGAAGCCACGCCGCAUCCCACUGGCCCCUGGACUGUGGUGUCCGGCAGUGUCCAGGAGUCAUGGGGGACCUGGAUCCCUCGUGGCGGCUCCUGAUCCUUCUCCUCCUGACUGUGGCUGGUCUCAGUCCUGUCCAGGCCCAGAAUGAAUGCAACUGCUCCCCAGUGAGCCCCGGCGUGCUGGCGGGGAUCGUGCUGGGGGACCUGGUGCUGACCCUGCUCAUCGCCCUGGCCGUGUACUCACUAGGACGGCUUGUCCCUCGGGGACGAGGAAUUGCAGCAGGGACCCAGAAACAGCACAUCACUGAGAUGGAGUCGCCUUAUCAGGAGCUCCAGGGUCAGAGGUCAGAUGUCUACAGUGACCUCAACACACAGAGGCAGUAUUACAAAUGAGCCUAGUCAACAGCCCCAUAUUUGGAUCCAGUCACCUCUGUUGCCCACCCAGCUCAUCAUUCCUACUCCUACUAGAAAACAAUUCCACGGAGAGUCUUCCCGGGGAUUUUAGACCUCUCCCCACUAACGUUCCCAAAUAAACAAUAGAGUGCAAAAAUA